AUUAUAAUAAAAACCAUUACAGGCAACAACAACAAGAUCUAUUCGUUCUAGCGUUUUUAUAUGUACGGAGCACUGUAGGUGCUUUGAAAUUGAAUGAAGAACGUAAGCGUAUCGUUAUAUCUCGAUCAAAUGCAUUUAAUAAUGGGCAACGAUGCUCUAAGCGCUUCCAGCUCAUUUUCGAACACACCUACGUGCCUCGGUGCACAUUGAAACACUGGAACGAACGACCUCGUACAGAAUAAAAUCCCUGCCUCUAGAUUAUAGCUCCGUUGUUCUAGGGAAUAAAAGAUGCACAAAAAAAAGGGACACAGUUUAAAAGUUUGUAAGUAGCCCGACAAACAGUUAGGAUCGAGUAGGAUCAAACUAGAUCAAACGGAAAGUAAUCUGCAGGAUGGAUCCACUGCAAUCUCCAAACAAGAAGCGUGGAGUAAAAACAAAUCGUUUGACACUGACACCAACUCGUAUACGAAAUGGAAUCAGAGAUGCUGCAGCCACUGACGGUAAUCGUCCUGCAAAUCGAACUUCGUUCUUGUUACCAUCUAAUAAUAGGCAAACAGGCUUAAGAAACCGCAUCACACCAAGGAUCUCAUUACAGCCUUCAGCAACAGUACUUCAAGAUAUUCCUCAGCAACCAGAAACAGAUAAUAGUAAUAUUGAACUAAGCUUAUUAUAUGAUACAUACUUACGAGCUGAAUGCAGCGAGAUUGUAUUGAAGAAGAAGGUUAAAGAGCUAAGCACUGAUUUGACUAACCAGUUGGUCAAGAUAUGUGUGGAACGGGAUUUAGUUUUGCAAAAUCUGACUAAAAUGAGACUAAGAGCAAACGAUGUUAAGAGUCUUGCAUACUUGCAGAAUAAUUUAGAUUUACAGGUAGAGGAUGCGGAUGUAUGCUGUGCUGAGAUUGCGCAUAUGUCCAAGCUGGAGAUGAAACUCAACAAAUUAAAGAGUCUUAUCGAACCCUUGGAUUCACUAUGCUGCAAGGGUAUUAUCAUUCCUAAAGAUUCUGCAGGCAUAGAGGAAAUCCUGAAAACACUCACAGAGAUUAACUGUGCAUUGAAUGAAAUCAAGAAAGCAAUAGGUUCUGCUGGAGAGUCACAAUGUAACUUUAUGGCAACUUUGGAUAAAUUCGUGGGAGAGUAUAAAGAAGUCAAAAAUAUUCAGGCAAAUUUUGAAAACGCACUCGGCAAACUUCAGGCCCUCGUAUUAAAAGGAACAUCGCUGUGCUUGCGUUAAGAAGAUUUUUAAUCUCUUGUUUCAUUUAAAAUAAGCACAUCAAUAUUUCUUAUACUACCUGUUUACUUUAGUUCUUCUUGCAGAUAAUUUGUAGCCCACGUAUUAAACACAAGAAUAAAAUAGCAAUCAAAUCUCGCGAGA